AUUUUGAGUAAAUAACAACGAAGCUACAGUACGAGUCGAACAGUUUUAAGCAAAACCUGCUUCAAGUUACAUCGGUCAUUUUAUGUUUGGACCUUUUUCGGAACAGCUUUAGCAGUAUUAUACUCACUUUACGACAAUGGCAAACAUUCUCGGAUUUGUCGGAAUAGCCGUUUCCGGCUUUGCUCUUCUUUUUGCUAUUUUAGCGGUUGCGUUAACCCUAUGGGAAAGUCUGGAAGUCGGCUCAUCUAAAUCUACUAUCGGAUUAUGGGAAAGUUGUCUUGAAAUCAGCGGAAACAAGGUCUGUACUGACCUAAAUUCUGACAACGUACAAGACGAUGAUAUGCUAAGUGAUUUGCGUGCUGUGCGUGCGACCGUCAUACUCGGUGUAAUACUGUCUGCGGCUGCUAUUGUUACAGGGGUUCUUGUAAUGUUUGUAAUGAAAGACACAAAAAUUCUGUUCUUUGUUGCGGGAGGACUUGAUAUAGCCGCGGGUCUUUUCCUUAUGGUAGGAAUGGCGGUCUUUGUCGACAAACUUGAGAACGAUCAAAUGGAUUACGAUGCAGCAUUUUGCCAUGGAUAUUGUCGCUUGGAUAGCGGCUUUGGCCGGUGGAGGAAUUUCUGUGCAGCAAAAAUGAUGGAUAAGGAAUAA